UGUUUCUUUUGUCCCGCCAGCCCGCCCGGUUUUAUCAUUAUCAGCGGCUUAUCAGAUUGAAUUUUGAGCUCAAAUAUUCGUCAACCAAAUACGAUAUCUUCAAUAAACACAUUUAUCAAGUGGUCUACUAUUCCCUGUCCUCAAAUAACAGAAAGACCCUCAAUAUCGAAUCGAAUCGCAUUGCCCAGCAUGUUCGCCCUCUCAGAAGAAUCCAAGGAGCGCAUUGGAAAGAUUAUCGAAAUCGGAAGAGUCGCAAUGCAUUAUGGUUACCUGCCUCUGAUAAUUUACCUAGGCUACACACGCAGCGACCCCCGACCUUCCAUCAUCAAGCUUUUGUCUCCCCUCUCUUAGUACGGCCCGGCCAUGCGUAGGCUACUAGAAUCCGUGUAUUACUAUACUGCGACAGAGCUAAGCUCCCCCUACGGUUUCGAUCUCGAUGAAGUCCGCAGAGAUAUUCCGGGGCAUUAUGUAUAUGGUGCGAGGGGAUGGCGUUCAUGAGAAAACAAAAAAGAAAGAAAGAAAGACCAUGAUAUGCACAUAUAUCCGUCUAUGCGAUGCUGCUUAGAGGUUGGCAGCUAUGUAAAGUAUAAUGAAUAAAGAAAACUCUCACACCCACCCGAAGCAACCAUGUAUUAUCCCUAGGCUCUGAAGUCUUACCUACGAUCAAGUGAGUGAUCUAUUUGCUCGGAAGUACGUAGUCUAUGAUUAGGACCUAAAAAACAGGCGUUGUGACUACCUAGGUAGCUAGUAUCUACCUGGCC